AAGCUCGUAACACCUACGGUCUGAAAACUUAAAAUCAUACAGAUUUUCUAAAAAAAUAAUAAAUUUCAUUGUGGAUUAUUUAAAAUAAGAGAAAUAAAGCAAAACAAAAAUUUAUCAAACUAGUUAAUUUUUCAUAUGUUCAAUAAUUACUACUUAUUAUGCAUUGUGAUUAUUUAUGAACUCCUCAUUAUUGAUUACAUCGAAGUGAAGAGGCAUACAGAGGAUAUAACAAGUUCAGGUGAUCGACAAAAAUCUCUCAGAAAUUAUGUACAAAUUGAUUCACAGUAUGAAAUUGUAAUGAGGUCGUCUACUGAAUUCAACUUUCAGAAGAGUCAUUUGGAGCCAAGAAGUGUACAAUUCACAAAAUAUGAUAUCGCGAACAUGGUAAAUGUAUUACUUACAUCUAGAACAAUAUACUUCUCAAUUGAAUUUAUAAUGAUAAAUACAGUUAAUGAUACGGGUGCUCGUCAAACACUCAUAUCAAUUAUUGAGAAACCUUCAAAGCUAAUCUUAUUCAAGGUAUCUAUUCAAAAUCGAAAUUCCCACAAAUUUAUUCAAUUAACAAUGAUCAGCCAACAUAAAUUCACAACAAGGUAUAAAAGUCAUCCAGUUGAAUUGAAUCCUAAUCAAUGGUAUAAAUUAACAUUUGACAUUGAAGGUUUAAACAAGGCUGACCUUCAGGUGAAUUGUCAACCAAUAGCAUUUGAUAUUACUCGUAGACGAUCAAUAAUAAUUUUUAACCAAUGGAAAUCACUGAGAAUGCCUCGCAUACAUAUGAAUGAUAAAUAUUGGUUAAUGAUGAGAAAAUAUGUUGGAUUUCUUGGUCAGUUGGAUGAACAUAAGGAAUACUGGAAGGGUUCUAUUCGAAAUUUCAUGUUAACAUCAAAUCAAGAUGUAAUAAAAUCUGAAUUAUCACAGUGUCCAUCAUGGAUAUUAUCAAAAUCGUUGAACAGAGAUUCGCCUAUACCAGUUGCUGUUUCAAAUCUACCUCAUAUGCGGAGUCAAUAUAUGAAUAGGUUUGGAGGCGAGUAUAUUGCACCUCUCAAUAAAAUGGAUGCAUCAAGUCAAUUUACAAAUACAAUCAAUGAGCUAUACAGUAUGUUGAAUACACAAAAACAUGCUAUUGAAAGAUUAAUGCAACAGGUAUCUGAAUUAAACAUGAAAGUUGCAUCUCGUGAACAAUGUCUUUGUAUUCCGAACUGUGGAAAAUCCGCGCAUGGUAUACCCUAUUUGAUUGGCAAUACAUGGAAACCUGAUGCAUGCAGUCAAUGUGAAUGUACUUUGGCAGGUGCCUUAUGUACUCAGAAAAAGUGCCCCAUACUGAAUUGUACAAAUUCUAUUAGAAUACAGGAUGAAUGCUGUCCGCAUUGCCCAGCUAACUGUCAUUUCAUGGGUCAAGUAUAUCCUCAUGGAGAAAGUUUAAUGCGAGGUUGCAUCCAAUGUGUAUGCAUGAACGGUACAAUGAAAUGUCGUGAAAUCAAUCAAACUUUAUACUGUCCACCACUGAAUUGUAGUCAAAGUGAACAAAUUCAACCAGCUGAUAGCUGCUGUAAAAUAUGUCGUAAGAUUAACGUUUGUGCGCACAAACAUAAUAAAUGUCAUCCAUUGGCAAAAUGUAUCCCAAAUGGUAUGACAUAUCAUUGUGAAUGUCCCACUGGUUAUUCCGGAUCUGGUGAUCUUAUCACUGGCUGUACACCUGAAUGUAGGAAUAAUUGUUCCAAUCAUGGUGUCUGUAUUUCACCUAACAAGUGUCAGUGUUAUCCAGGAUUUGGUGGCAGUGAAUGUGAUUAUGAUUUGAACGAAUGUAACAUGAGGUUGGAUUUAUGCUCCGAAAAUUCAACCUGUCUCAAUUUACCUGGUUCAUAUACUUGUGUAUGUCAUGAUGGAUUUGAACCAACCGCCUCAAGUCAACUAAACAAGUUAAAUACAACUGAACCAAUGAAUAAUAAUACUAUUACUAAUAAUAGUGAUAUGUCAAAUCGUCAGGAAUUCGACAGUUCUACUGGACAUGUAUGUCAAAGAGUUUCUUUGUGUCAUGGUUAUCAAGGCAUUUAUCUUAAUUGUCCAAACGGGACAUUAUGUGAUGAGAAUCAGGGGAAGUACAUGUGCAAACAGUCAGUUUCAAGUAACACGGAAAAUGAAACGGAAGAAAGAAUCAACUCAACAGUGUAUAAUACAUCCUGUUCAGUUGGUUAUCAUCGAAUGUACAGCAAUCAAUCAUUGGACACAUUGAAUGAAAUUCCUAAUGAUCAAUUCAAACAAUUAAUUUAUUCUACUGAUAAUCGUGAAAACAAGCUAUUGUGUUAUUGUCAGUCAGGUCAACUUGAAUGUAUCCAGCAUCCAGAUUAUUCGUUACUACUAUUAAUUCAAUCAGUUUCAACGGACGCCUUGUAUAUAAACCAAUCAGUUCAUCAUCAUCAUCUUCAUGAGAACCAGUUGUGUCGAAUCUGUUCAAAACUACAGAAAAGCUCACAAAGGGAAUUAUCAUUGAAUCUAUCAAAAUGGUAUGUGGAUUAUUGUAUAUUAUGCAGUUUUAUGGACAAUAUGACAGCGAUAAGCAAUUUUACCUAUUGGUGGGUAAUUGAACAGAAUCCUUCUCUGCCUCCGCUUCCGCCUCCUCCAGCGAGGUGGGAGAAUCAUUCAUUGUGUAAAAUUUGUAUAGAGUUGAAUAAUACACAAUAUUGUCAGCCGCUGUUAUGCUCCAGUUUCAUGGCAUUUACAUCUAUAGAAUACUAUCAACUUUGUUGUUCGAAUACAAUUCCUCUUAAAAAGAAACAACUCAAUUCUACUGAACAAACUACCUCUCUGUCACAUCUGAAUAAAUGCACAAACUCUAGACUGGCCUCAUCUUUGAAGUCAAUGUCAACACUACAGUGUAUUGAUUGCCAGUGUGUGAAUGAUCGCAUCUACUGUACAUUGAAUGCUACUCAAAUAUAUCAACGAGACAAUGUGACCGUUGAAUGUGAUCAAUUAUUAUCAACGCUACAACGGGAUUCAUUACUAAUUCCUAUGAAGUACAUUCAGAGAGAUAAAUCAGGGGACGGGCGAUAA